AUGGCCGCCAGUAAACCCAAAUAUCCACUGGGCUCUCCUCAAGGGCAUAUUGAAAUGUGUAAAACCCACGAUCUACCUAUUGAUAUGUUAUGUGAGGACUGUGAUGAAUUUAUUUGUGCCAAGUGUGCCAAAACAGAUCAUAAGGAACAUGAAUGGAGCACUAUACCCACGGCAGCAACUGAAAAGAGGAGAGGUCUACUUAAAUUUCUGACAAAGAUCAAGGAAGGGGACCUACCUGGGAUGAAUGAAAAGAUGGAGAAAGUAACAAAACAGAUCACAGAAAAUAAAAAACUGUGUGACUCAGAGAUUAUAAUGCUUCAAAAGCAUGUUGAUGAGAUAAUGGCCAGUUUGACAGAAAUCAGGAAAAAUAAUGAACGAAGAUUGAAAGAUAAUUUAGAGGAGAAAAAUAAAAAGUUGAAUGAAGUGAAAUCUAAGCUAUUCAAAAAGAAGAAAGAAAUAGAAGAGAUGGUAAAGUUUAUGGAGAAGAACAACAGCACCAUGUCAGAUUACGGCUUCAUUGACAACCAAAGAGAACUGACGAAAAUGCUGUCUGGCCCGGAUGUUGAUAUAACGGACAGCAAACAUUCAGUGAGAUACGUUAAAGGAGAAAUUAGUGCUAAGGUGAUGGAGAAUAUGAUAGGAGAAACUCUAGAUUUAGAUGAUUUUAGGUUGACUGAAACAAACUCAUUUAAAUAUGUAGAUAAAGUAAUAGUUAAAUUGAGGGCAUUGUGUGAAGAUCAGUGUUACAUAGGAGAUAAGAAGUCACCUUACUUUGAACAUGUAAACAAAGAAGGUGAGAGAAAACAUAAAUAUGAUAUUGCUGCUAAUGACAUGUGUGUGACUGAUACUAGGGAUGUUUAUUUCACUGAUUUUAAUAAAAAGUCCAUCCGCUGUCUGUCACCAUCAGGAUCUGUCUCAACAGUCAUCAGUACAGAUCCACUGCUACCAUUAGGAAUCUGUCAGUCAGUGGACGGUGGUCUACUGGUCACCUUGAGAGACUAUGAAUCAGAUUAUUUCAAAUUAGAGUCGCACAGCAGACGUAUGGUGAGACACAUCACAGUGACAGGUGAUGUCAUCCAUGAGUAUGAGUACCAGGAGGACGGCCGCACCAGACUGUUUACAUUUCCAGUCACAGUCACACAGAACAGCAACAGUGACAUCUGUGUUGUGAACCGUACAAGUGACACUAUAGGUGAACUAGUGAUAAUGUCUCCCUCUGGUCAUAGGAAGUCUGUCUACCAUGGACAGAACCUUACAGAGGACUUUUUUCCAACUGAUGUGACCAGUGACUCCCUCUGUUACAUCCUUGUUGCUGAUCUAUUUAACAAACAGAUUCAUCUACUGAGUCCUGACGGGGACUUUCUGAAGUUCUUACUGACAGACAAUGAAGUGAACCGUCCACUUAGAUUAUCCCUGUAUAAGUCUACACUGUGGGUAGGAUACUAUGAAGGACUUGUCAAAGUGUUUCGGUACAGAAUGCAACAUACUUGA